GGUGGGACCCACCGCCGCGGGGUGGAGCGGAGCGGGGACCUGGCCGUGGAGGGGAGAGGGGUUCAGGCUACGCACCCAGCAGCAACCCGUCCAUGUCAAAGAUCAGGAGGAAGAUGGGGCUCCUUUUACUUCUAAUAAUUUGCCAGUGUGCCAUAAACAGUAUCACAACACACAGUGUUUCAAAGCCCAAUAUAAUUUUACUGAUGGCUGAUGAUCUUGGUAUUGGAGACCUGGGAUGUUAUGGGAACAAAACCUUAAGAACCCCUAAUAUUGACAGGCUAGCAGAGGAAGGAGUGACACUUACUCAGCAUAUAGCAGCAGCCCCACUUUGUACUCCAAGCAGGGCAGCUUUCCUGACAGGAAGAUAUCCUAUAAGAUCAGGAAUGGCUGCCUUCUCACGUGUCGGUGUCUUCUUAUUUUCUGCCUCUUCUGGGGGACUUCCUUCUGAAGAAAUAACUUUUCCCAAACUCCUGAAGCAGAAAGGUUAUGCAACAGCUCUAAUAGGAAAGUGGCAUCUUGGGAUGAACUGUGAAAGCAGUAAUGACUUCUGUCACCACCCCCUCAGUCAUGGAUUUGAUUACUUUUAUGGCCUUCCCGUGACCAAUUUUAGAGACUGCAAACCUGGCCAAGGCAGUGUAUUUUUAAAAGGUAUUCAGAGAGACCUUGUCAUCCCAGUCCAAAUCACUGGAAUCGCCCUUGUGUCUUUGGCAGUAGUGCAGUACAUUGGCCUUCUCAAAGUACCCUUUCAAGCACUGGGUUACUUCUUGUUAAUAAUCACAAUUUCACUUGUGGUUUUGAUUUUUUUCUUCUAUCAUUUUCGACAACUAAACUGCUUUUUAAUGAGAGACCAUCAGAUUAUCCAGCAGCCACUGUCCUAUGAGAACCUUACUCAGAGACUGACAAAAGAAGCCAUGAAGUUUAUUGAAAGGAACACUGAUACACCAUUUCUUCUUUUCCUGUCUUAUCUUCACGUCCAUACUGCUCUAUAUGCUUCAGAAAAUUUCAAAGGAAAGAGCAAGCAUGGUUUAUAUGGUGAUGCAGUGGAGGAAAUGGACUGGAGUGUAGGGCAAGUUCUGGAUGUGCUGGAGAAGCAUAAUCUAAAUGACAAAACUCUUGUAUACUUUACAUCUGACCAAGGGGCUCAUGUUGAAGAAAUCUCCAGUGCUGGAGAAGUCCAUGGAGGAUACAAUGGCAUAUAUAAAGGUGGAAAAUCAACAAACUGGGAAGGAGGCAUUCGUGUGCCAGGUCUUCUCCGUUGGCCUGGCGUGAUACAGGCUGGCGCCCAUAUUGAUGAGCCAACCAGUAACAUGGAUAUAUUUCCUACCAUAGUUAAACUUGCAAAUGCACAGCUACCCUCUGACAGGAUUAUUGAUGGACAUGAUCUGCUACCUUUAGUUCAAGGAGAAGUUACUCAAUCUAAGCAUGAAUUUCUCUUCCAUUACUGUAAUGCAUAUUUAAAUGCAGUACGCUGGCACCCAGGAAACAGUGAAUCUGUCUGGAAGGUCUUCUUCUUCACUCCCAACUUCAGUCCUGAGGACUCCAAUGGUUGCUAUGAUUCUCAUGUUUGCUUCUGCCAUGGAGGAUUCAUUACACGACACGACCCUCCGCUGCUCUUCGAUCUGUCCAGAGACCCUGAGGAGAAAGUGCCACUGACUCCAGAAACUGAGAGCCAUUUCUACGAAGUCAUCAGGGUCAUACAACAAGCAGUAGACAACCACGCCAGAUCCCUGCAUGCUGUUCCUAACCAGCUGUCAUGGGACAACCUUCUCUGGAAGCCAUGGCUCCAGCUCUGCUGCUCAUCUCUCCUUCAGUCUUGUUACUGUGACUAUGAAUCAGGAGGGGGUUCACUGCAGGUGCAAUUGGGAUAAAUACGCUGUAAUUCCCUUUCAGAAACUGGACCAGCUGAGUGUGCAAGAAUUCUUUGUUCUGCUAGGCACAACAGCUGUUCUGUGCUGCUUGAUCAAAUAUCAAAAAUGAUGGCUUUGCUACUGCUCUGAUUUCUUCUUGCCUGAAUAUGAUGUUUUUUCAUACCCUCCUUGGCUUUUGAUGCCAUCUUUCUAAUCUCCUUUCUUAAAACAUCCACACCCCUGAAAUAUUUUUCCAUCUAUUUCUUUGCCACUUUGCCAGAACAGUCCUUCUGUUUGCUUGUCAUAUUGAUUGUAAUGGCUAUUUUGCCUUAAUCAAUCAGAAAAUGCAAAGUAGUCUUUGUCACAAAGUUUGACUUGUAAGGCUCCUUGACUCUGCUAACCUCCUGCUUAUUUAAGGUCCAACAGGAAUUAACUUUGCAUUAUGAAAUAUAAGGAAUUAAAACAUACCUGAGAUGUUGUUUAAUGUAAAUAAUAUAAAAUAUUUCUUUUUUGUGGCACAAAAUUAAUAUUUUACAAAAUAUAAUUUAGUACAAUGUUUCAUACUUUGACAUAAGCAGUGAAAUCUGAAAUCCAUUCUUAAAAUUGUUCCUUCAAGAAAGAUUCUGUGAAGAACAGGGCAGUAUUUUUCGUAUUUUUUGUUAAUACCAUUUCAUUUAAUACCUAAAAUAAACCUUCCUUGCAUUGCAAAUGUAUUAUAUCUUUCAGUACUAUACCUUCUGUUCUGGAGAUGGUGUGUCAGAUCAGCGCAAUUAAAAUAGUCUUGUUUAUCUGCAAAAUAAAAUGUGA